AUGUCUACAAACAACAGACCCCAACAAGGCGACAAAACAUACUUUGAACAACAACGCGAACUCGUGCUCCAAGAUGUUGCGACGAAUCUAGAGCAAGUGCUUCAAAACAUGAAUACGUUGAACAGAAGUCUGGAAAGCGUUAUCGCUGUCGGCAACGAGUUCGGCCAAGUUGAGGGCCUCUGGUCCAUGUUCGAGAACGUUAUGGCGCAGCAACAACAGACCCAAUCCAAUGACGAAGAAGGAAACACGCAAGCCCAUACUGGCGCACAAGAAAGAGCACAAUGA